AUGAAGGGCGCCGACGAUCCAAUCCAAUACGAGGGUUCAGAAAGCGACUCGGAUGACGAGCUCGAUGAGUUGACUACUCCCGAGGCCGUUCAAUCGCGUGCAAAUCGCUUGAUCGCCCUUCUUCCUAAAGUCUUCUCUAAAGAAGUUGCUGAGGAGUUUGUUCUGCAUCACGGUGAUUUGAACGAAACCAACAUCAUGGUCGACCACCUCAACCACGAGAUCACAGGUGUCAUCGACUGGAAAUCUGAUCAAACUACGAAGCAAGGCGAUGGUACAUUCAUCACCGAUGACUCGUACUUUGCGCAUCGCCAUGAAUACGAGAAGGCGUAG